AUGGCCACUAAGCGAGACCGUUCUCCUAAUUUUUUCGAUGAUGAAGACGACUUGGACUAUAUGAUUCAAGCAAGUAUAGAACAAGAUACAGAGUUUGUUGGCUUGGACGACUACAUAAACCACAAGUCUUCUGAACCAGGUAAAACCUCAUCGUAUUACCCUUUGUCUCCUAAGCCUUCUUCUGUAGUCGAUGCAAUGGAUUAUAUGGGCAUUUCAGAUAAUGAAGAAUAUAAAAUUGACUUGACUUCAACUACAAAAUACACUGAAAAGCCUGCUAUUGAUAAAACAGGCAUUGACUAUACGCAGGUUCCUGAUACAGGUGCAUUUGUUUCUGCUAAUUGUCCAAGAACAGGCAAGCCUUUAUUCUAUCCAAGGAAAACACAAGGCGAAUCAAAGCAAAUUGAACAAGAAGAAAGUGCAAAGCAUAAAAAGAAAAAGAAAAAGUUAAUACCAAAAGAUGAGUCAGGGCAGCUUUGGGUGGAUAAAUAUCGACCUACACAUUUCAUGGAUUUGAUGGGUGAUCAACGUCUGAAUCGUGAAGUUCUAAGAUGGGUGAAGCAAUGGGAUUUGUGUGUAUUUAAAAGGAAGCCUACUGAAGAAUCACAGCGAGAUCAGCAGAUGAGACAAUACAAGACUAAAUUUGGUUAUGAGCCUAAAGCGUUCAAAAAGGACAUUCAAAGGGAUAAUAAUGACCCGUUACUUCGACCUGAAAAGAAGAUUUUACUGAUGUCUGGACCACCUGGUUUUGGUAAAACAACACUGGCCCAUGUCAUUGCAAAGAAGGCAGGAUACAAUGUGAUUGAAGUCAAUGCAAGUGAUGAUCGUACUGGUGAUGUAGUCAAGUCCAAAAUCAAAUCCGCUUUGGAAAUGCAAGCCAUCAUAAGAAACCCUCAUGAAAAGGAUGACAAGCGAACAAUGCAUAUGAUACAGAAACCAAAUCUGUUGAUUAUUGAUGAAAUUGAUGGUGCUAGUAGUGGUGGUGGUGCAGAGAGCUUCAUUAAACAACUGGUUCAGUUAGCUUCAGUCGAGAUUUCUGAUGGAAAGAAUAAGAAGGGCAAGCGUAAAGAUGAAAAACCAUUAAUGCGACCUAUUAUCUGUAUUUGUAAUGAUGUCUAUGCACCUGUGCUACGUCCAUUACGUAUGAUAGCACACUCUAUACAAUUCAAAAAGGUGCCAAUGAUGUCUAUUGCUAAGCGCCUACAAGAUAUUUGUGAAAAUGAAGGAUUAGAAAGUGAUCUGAGAACACUUAGCUUAUUAUCAGAAACAGCAGAUGGUGAUCUUCGAAGUUGUUUAAACACAUUACAGCUUAUAAGAAGCAAAAGUACUAUGUUUACAAAAGAUAUGUUGGAACAAGCUGGACUUGGCAAGAAAGACAUGGGCAGAUCUUUAUUUUCAAUUUGGGAGGACUUGUUUUCUGCACCGAAUGCACGCAACAAAACCUCACUUAAUAGGAACGAUAUAGACAGCAACUAUUGCUUGAGUCGACUUACAAGUGAUAUUAUGUCCAAUGGUGAAAUUGAGCGUAUUAUGCAAGGCUGCUUUGAAUCUUACCCUUUGAUGCGUUUUCAUGAUGUAGCACUUCAAAAGUUUUGUGCAAUGAGUGAAUGGCUUUAUUUUUACGAUCAAGUGAACUAUAGAACCAACGAAAAGCAUGAAUAUGAUCUCUACAAGUACUUGCCCUAUCCUAUCGUCAACUUCCACCGUUUUUUUGCAGGCACCACUUCACAGGAACAUCGUGUUGAAUACCCUCGCGUGGAAUAUGAAGUUUUUUCAACCAAAAAAUCAUACGAAAAUUUGAUUGCUAUCUUUUUAGCAGGCAUUCAUCCUCAAAAAAGAAGAAACUUAACAAAAGAAAUGAUUGUUCAAGAAUUAGUGCCCUUGUUGUUACAUGUGAUUUCACCUGAUUUAAAACCAGUAAAUCAACAACUUAUUAAGCCUUCAGAAAAAGCAAAACUAAUGCGCCUUGUGGACAUUAUGAUUGAAUUUGGUUUGUCGUUUGUACAAGAAAAGAAUGAAGAAGGACAAUUUAUAUUUAAGCUUGAACCACCUGUUGAACAACUUGUGCAAUAUCAAUUGUCAACUUCAAAGACAAUUCUGCCGAAACAAUAUGCAGUCAGACAAAUGAUUGCACAUGAGAUUGAAACUGAAAUUAUACGUAGAAGAGAAGAAGCUUCUCACUCAAGAAACAAAGACGUCAAAAAGCCUGAACUAACUAAAUCAAAGAGCAAUGAAAGGAUCAAGCCAAAAGACACUUCAAAACAAAUCUCACUCGACUUUUUUGGACGUGCUUGCACACCAAAAGCAAAGGCCACUACCACAAGUGCCAAAAUGGAAGGUAAUGCAACUUUAAUAAGCUAUCGAUAUCAUGAAGGAUUUUCAAAUGCAGUUCGAAAACCAAUGAGUGUCCAAAUGUUCAUUUAA